AUGGUCAACCUGGUCCGGCGCGUCGUCUCGGGCGGCAAAGCGCGCUUUGUCGACCCAUCGCUCUCGCUCGAGCUGGACCUGGUUUACCUGACCGACCGCCUGAUCAUCAUGGGCUACCCUGCCUCAGGCUUCUCGGCCCUGUACCGCAACGCGCGGCGCGACGUCCUGCGCUUCCUGCGUGCACGUCACGGGCACGAAGCGUGGAGGAUCUUCAGCAUGGUUCCGCGGUCGGAGAACGAGUACGACCCGGCUGAGUUCGACGGUCGCGUCAGCCGCUUCCCCUUCCCCGACCGCCACGUCCCUCCGCUGAGCAUGAUCCCGUUGUUCGUCGCCGACUUGACCAGCUGGCUCGAGCAGCCUCCCUCCGCUGAUUCCGACGGUGACCAGGAGCCCAUCGCCGUCAUACACUGCAAAGCGGGCAAGGGUAGGAGCGGCACGAUGGCCAUAUCCUACCUGCUCACCCUCACGCAGAUGCCUGGGCCACCAAGCAAUCCGAGGAACAUGAGCGGAUACAGAACAGCGCACCACCACCACCAGCGGAAUGGUGCGAAGCAGAAGCGAUUGCAGGGAAAGGGCUUGUUGAAGAGCACGAAAGAGAAGCUGCGAGAUGGAACUCAGGAGUAUGAGGCUGCUGAAAAGAGCAAAAUGCAUCCAAUGCACAGCAAUAUCGGCUCCCCCGACGACUCGCUCAAGACGUCGCCGUCUGUGAGCAGCGCCGAGCACCAUUACCGGCAGCGCUCACAAGGUUCGUUUGCACAUGUGUCGGAGCGCCUCCAAGCGCUGUUCGAGCUGCACACACAGCAGCGCAUGAAGCGGCCCAAGCACAAGGGCAGCGAGGCCAACUUGCAGCAAAGCACAGGUCAGGCAACGGUCAGCAGGCGCCCGAGUUUCGCUUCGCUGCGGAGCAUGCUGCGCGGCAGCAGUGCGAGCGCCGAGCCAGCGACGCGAGCCGAUGUAGCGCUAGGCGCCGUCCCGACAGGUCGUUCGACGGACGACUUGAACGAAUACGGAGGCGACUCGUCUUUCGUGAGCAGCGCCAGUCGCUCCAUGGUCAGCUUUGCAGAGUCGGACUUUAGCGCCUCUUGCUGCAGACCAGGCUCCGGUACCAAUGACGGUAACGGUGACGCCGCACCGCGGUAUGGCGUCUCGAUACCGUCGCAGCGCCGAUGGGUGGGCUACUGGGCGCGCAUCCUCUCCCUGACCGAUCCGCGCGCCGUAUUGCGCGCGCACAUGCCCAAGGAACGGCGCCAGGUCGUCAUCACGCGCGUCACCGUUGACCGGAUCGUGCAGCUCAAGAAAGGCGCCAGCAACGCCAAAAGUGGCGCAGAAGGCACCUUGCAGACACUUUUGCCGCAGGCGGAGUGCCUCAGCAUCAAUGUCGGCCGGUACGACGAUGGACUUGUCACAAGGCUCGAGAGCUGGGAGCGCGCUGCGCGCAAGCGCCAUCGCGCCUACGGCGCGCACGACCCUGGCUCAUCGUCGUAUGACCUUGAUUUGGGGUGUGCGGAUGACGAGGACGGGGAGCACGUGGCGGUCGCUGGCGAAGAGACCGAUCUUAACGGCGUACGCCAACGGCGAAGGAAAGAUAACAAGAUGCAGCGGUUGCGCAACAUGCAGCAAAAGUCCAGCUGGGGCAUCAACGUCGAUGCAGAGGCUGAGGUCGCGCGUACCUUCGACUGGGGUAAAGACAAGGACGAGACAAAAUUGAACUACUUUGCCAGGCUUGAAGAAACGUCACGCAAGGGGCAAGUGCUCGUAAGGUACACCUUUGUGCCAGAUCCAAAACUCGGGGAGAUUGCCGUUCCCGAGCGCAAAUCUUCCAUCAGCUCGUCGUCUUCGCAAUCGCCAUCGCCGCAGCGGCCGCCGCUGCGCGCAGGCGCAGGCGGAGUCAUGUCGUUCUCGGCCUCAUCCCGCCAUAGUAGUGGGACGAACGCCACUAUACCUCCGCCAUCGGGCGCGUACGCGCCCCGCCCCGGUGUACACGUCAAGGGCCUCCCUGUUGACGCCGACCGCGAGUUGAACCUGAAAAUCCUGCUCGGGCGCACAGGGGCGACGCAAACGCUGCUACCGGAAUCCACCAGCGCCGGCUGGGCGUGGUUCAUCCCUUCGUUUGAGGACCCGCUCGCGGUUCCGUCCGCCGCGUCCACCACGACGCUCCGAUUCGAGAAGGAUGAUAUCGACUUUUGCAAAACCGCGCAGGGCGUCGUAGGCAUGGAGAUCGAGUGGACGUGGACGAAUGCGCCUGACCUGGAUGAGCAGUAG